UAGGAGCGGUACGGCUGAGGGACUGACGGGGCAGGAUACUAUCCGAGGAGGCUGUGUGCAAAAAAGGGGGAGAAAAGAAACAUUUGGUUUCACGAACAGUACAACCGAACUAGCCUCCGAAUUCACCGUGGAUCUUUCAUGGGUUUUGUUUUUUUAGAAGAGCUACAUCAAACUACCGCUAAGAUUCCACAUUUCCCCCAGAUUUUCCUGUCCCGUAAUCAAUAUGUCCAGUAGCCCUGUUAUCAGGGUUCUGGUGGUGCUUUGCAUCGGGACCGCUGUGAACUGUAUGCCGAACAGGAAGAGCAGGCGGCAGGCUCAUCAGGGAGAAACCAGAAUACCUUCGGUAUCAUCCGUCUCUCAAGACGGCUGCAUUGAUAAUGGACAGAUGUAUAACAUUAACGACCAAUGGGAGCGUUCCUAUCUGGGCACGAUGUUGGUCUGCACUUGUCACGGAGUUGCGGGAAUUAAGUGUAAAACAAAACCCGAAGCUGAGGAGACCUGCUAUGAUAAGAUCAACGCCAGGUCUUAUCUGGUUGGUGAGACCUAUGAGAGACCCAAAGAGGGCAUGAUCUGGGAUUGUACAUGCAUUGGCUCUGGCCGGGGGAAAAUCAGCUGCACCAUUGCCAACCGUUGUCAUGAGGGGGGUGAGUCCUAUAAGAUUGGGGACACGUGGAAGAGACCUCAUGACACUGAGAGCUAUAUGCUGGAGUGUGUCUGCCUGGGCAACGGCAAGGGAGAGUGGACCUGUAAACCUGUUGCUGAGCGUUGCUAUGACAACACGGCGGGGACAUCCUACGUGGUGGGUGAAACCUGGGAGAAACCGUACCAGGGCUGGAUGAUCGUAGACUGCACCUGUCUAGGGGAGGGGAGUGGCAGGAUCACCUGUACCUCUAGAAAUCGGUGUAACGACCAGGACACACUGACAUCCUAUCGUAUUGGAGACACCUGGAGCAAGACGGACGCCAGAGGUCACAUGCUGCAGUGUCUGUGUACGGGGAACGGGCGUGGCGAAUGGAAGUGUGAGAGACACGCCUCCCUCCACACUACCGGACUGGGGACGGGGUCCCGCGUGAUCACUAACAUCCAGCCGGCUGUGUAUCAGCCCCACCCCCUUCCCCAGCCCGGCCUGGAGCCUCACCCCGGUCUAGCCCAGGAAGGGGCCUGCCAGACGGACGCGGGGGUGGCCUACGCCCUGGGGAUGAGAUGGAUCAAGACCCAGGGAAGCAAACAGAUGCUGUGUACGUGCCUGGGCAACGGGGUCAGUUGUGAAGAGUGGGAGGGCCCAGCCCCAGUGUACGGUGGGAACUCCAAUGGUCAGCCCUGUGUGUUCCCCUUCACCUUCAUGGGGAAGACACACCACUCCUGUAUCUCAGAGGGACGCCCCGACGGGCAGCUGUGGUGCUGUAUUUCUUCUGACUGCGAGACAGAACAGAAAUUCUCCUUCUGUACCAAGAAGAAUGUAAUGGUGCCGACCAGAGGAGGAAACUCUAACGGUGCUCUGUGUCAGUUCCCCUUCCUCUACAAUGGGAGAAACUACACCGACUGUACCGCGGACGGGCGCAGGGACGGCAUGAAGUGGUGUGGAACCACCACCAACUAUGACGGCGAACAGCGGUUUGGCUUCUGCCCCAUGGCUGCUCACGAGGAGGUGUGUACGACCAGCGAGGGUGUGAUGUACCGUGUGGGAGACCAGUGGGAUAAACGCCACGACGUCCUGGGACACAUGAUGCGCUGUACCUGCGUUGGGAACGGUCGUGGAGAGUGGAGCUGUAUCGCUUACUCCCAGCUCAAAGAUCAGUGUAUUGUGGACGGGUCGACCCAUGAGGUGAAUCAGACCUUCACUAAACUUCAUGAAGAGGGCUACAUGAUGAACUGUACCUGUUUCGGACAGGGCCGUGGGCGCUGGAAGUGUGACGCCAUUGACCAGUGCCAGGAGCCAGAGACCAGGGUGUUCUAUCAGAUCGGCCAAUCAUGGGACAAGCUGAUCCACAGCGUCAUGUACAAGUGUUAUUGCUAUGGCAACGGUAUCGGCGAGCUCAGCUGUGAGCCCCAACAGUCUUUCCCAGGUGGUAACCGUCCAGUCCAGGUGAUCAUCUCAGAGUCUGGUAACCAGCCCAACUCCCACCCCAUCCAGUGGAACGCCCCGUCCUCUGCACAUAUCACACAGUACAUACUCAAGUGGAGAGUGAAAAACACCCGUAACCCUUGGCGGGAGGUGAAUAUCCCAGGCCAUCUCAACUCCUACACCAUCGCUGGCCUGAAGCCAGGCAUCACCUACGAGGGUCAGCUGAUCAGUGUGCUUCGCUUCGGACACCGCGAGGUCACGCGCUUCGACUUCACCACCACAUACGGUUCCUUGGCGACCUCCGAGGGAGAGACCACCCAGCCUCCUCCGGUGGUGGACAUCAGUGAGUCUGUUACAGAGAUCACCUCCAGCAGCUUCGUCAUCUCCUGGAUGUCUGCCUCUGACACCGUGUCUGGCUUCAGGAUCGAGUACGAGCUCAGUGAGGAGGGACAAGAGAGAGGACAGCCCAUGAUUCUCGACCUCCCCCGCACCGCUACCUCUGUGAACAUCAAUGAGCUGCUUCCUGGAAGGAAGUACACUGUGAAUGUGUACGAGGUUACACCUACUGGAGAGCCCAACCUCAUCCUCACCACCUCUCAGACCACUGCUCCUGACGCUCCCUCUGACCACGAGGUGGACGAGGUUGGAGAGACCUCUAUCAUAGUCAGCUGGGAGAAACCCCUGGCUCCUAUCACAGGUUACCGUGUGAUCUACAUCCCGUCUGUGGAGGGGAGCAACAACGGAGCUGCAACAGAGCUCACCCUGCCGGACACCGCGACCUCUGUGACUUUGAGUGACCUUCGACCAGGCCUGCUCUACAACAUUAGUAUCUACGCAGUCGAGGACAGUCUGGAGAGUGAGCCUGUCUUCGUACAGGUCAACACAGCCGGAGAACCCUUACCAGAGGAAGUCCCGCCUCCUACAGACCUGCAGUUCUUUGAGGUGUCUGACGUGAAGAUCACCAUCACGUGGACGGGGCCGCCUACUGACGUGUCUGGGUACAGAGUGACUGUGGCCCCCGUCGGUCCUGACGGGACCCCUCAGAGAGAGCUCCAGCUCCCCGUCACACACAACGCCUAUGCAGAGGUCACCCACCUGACCCCGGGGACUCCGUAUCUCUUCAGCAUCUACACCAUCAAGGGAGGAGAGGAGAGCCAGCCAUUGGUCGCAGAGCAGGCUACCAAGCCUGAUUCCCCUGCUGAUGUCCACUUCACCAACGUGACUGAGGACAGUGCUCUGAUCAUGUGGAUGCCCCCUCGGGCCCGCAUCACCGGAUACCGUCUGUUCCUGGCCCUGGAGGGGUCCAACCCCAAACAGCUGCGCCUGCCCGCCCGCCUGUCUCAGUACACCCUGCUCAACCUCCGCCCAGACACGGAGUACACAGCCAUCCUGCAUUCUGAACAGGACAAUACGCUCAGUGAGGGUGCCUCCAGGAGCUUCUCCACCACUCCGUUAAUGGGGAACGCCCCUCGCUUCAGUACUGAUGUCACAGACACCUCCAUCAUCAUCUCCUGGACACCCGUACCCCGAGUGGGAUACAAGUUGACGGUGAGGCCCAGUCAGGGAGGUGAGGCCCCCAGAGAUGUGACCUCUAAUUCGGGCAGCAUUUAUAUCUCAGGCCUGACCCCUGGGGUUGAGUACACCUACAGCGUCCAGCCAAUCGUCAACGGAUAUGAGCAGGGCAACCCAAUCACACGCCGCAUAGUUACACCUCUGUCUCCUCCUACUGACCUCAAACUGGAGUCCCACCCUGACAGAGGAGAGCUGACUGUCCAGUGGAACGAAGCCAGCACCCCAGACAUCACCGGCUACAGAGUGACAUGCACGCCAACCAACGGGCAGCGAGGAAACAGCCUGGAGGAGUUUGUGAAGGCGGGUGAGACUUCGUGCACGCUGGAGAACCUCAGCCCUGGCGUGGAGUACAACGUCAGCGUCUUCACCGUUAAAGACCACAUGGAGAGCGUUCCUGUCUCCGACACCGUUACUCAAGACGUGCCCCAGCUAACAGACCUGAACUUCGUCGACGUCACCGACACGACUAUCGGCCUGAAGUGGAACCCACUAAACUACACGGCGGUCACCGGCUACCGUAUCACGGUAAUGGCAGCCGGGGAGAGCGUGCCCAUAUUCGAGGACAUGGUGGAGUCCACCACCGGUUACUACACUGUGUACGGACUGGAGCCCGGCAUCGACUAUGACAUCUCAGUCAUCACCGUGACAGAGAGUGGAGAGAGCGAGCCUACCACACUCACGCAACAAACUGCUGUUCCUGCCCCUACUAACCUGGACUUCCCCGAGGUGGGUCCUGACAGUAUGCGGGUGACCUGGACAGCUCCUGUGGUUCCUAACCCCGCUGACAUCAACAGCUUCGUUAUUCGCUACCACCCCAUCGAUGACGAGGAUGACAUCACAGAAAGCAGCGUCGGAAGGAACGCUGACACCGUGGUUCUUAAGAAUCUGAUUUCCAACACAGAGUACCUGGUCAGUGUGGUGUGUGUCUAUGAAACGAGGGAGAGCUCUCCUCUGGUCGGCACCCACAAAACAACUCUGGACUCCCCCAGCGGUCUGCGGUUCUCAGAAGUCCUGACCAACUCCUUCACGGUGCACUGGCAGGCCCCCAACGCCAUCAUCACUGGCUACCGGAUUCGUUACCAGAUGACCAGCGGCGGGCGGGCCAAGGACGAGAGGCUGCCGCCAUCCAGGAACCACUUCACCCUGACCGGGCUAACCCCCGAGACGGAAUACAUCGUCAACAUCUAUGCUGUCAGCGGCCAGCAGGACAGCAAGCCACUCACCGGCAAACAGAAAACCAUCUCUGACGCUCCGACUGACCUGGAGGUCGUGUCCUCCUCCCCCACCAGCGUCACAGUCCGCUGGGACGCCCCCUCUGUUACCGUGAGGUACUACAGGAUCACCCAUGGAGAGUCAGGUCUGUCCGGUGGCCACAGCACCCCUAAAGAGUUCACUGUGCCUGGUUCCCAGUCUACUGCCACCAUCCAGAACCUGAGGCCUGGUACUGACUACACCAUCACAGUCUACGCUGUGACCGGCAGAGGGGACAGCCCAGCCUCCAGCACACCCAUUUAUGUCACCCACAAGACAGAUAUUGACUCUCCUUUGGAGAUGAAGGUGACCGACGUUAAGGACAGCACCAUCACCGUGAGGUGGUCCCCGGCCCAGGGGCCCGUCCAGGGGUACAGGAUCACUGGGGUCCCCAAGAACGGACAGGGUCCCUCCUUCUCUGAGACCGUCGCUCCAGAUCAGACUGAGAUGACCUUCUCUGGCCUGCAGCCCACGGUAGAGUACACCCUCAGUGUGUAUGCUCUGGGACAGGACGGAGAGAGCCCUCCCCUGGUCGAGACGGCUGUCACUGCGGUGGGUCGUCCCACAGACCUGACCUUCUCUAACGUUGACUCGACCUCCAUGACCAUUUCCUGGGACUCGCCCGACGGCCGGGUGACAUCAUACCGCGUCCUGUAUGCCAGCCCCGAAGAGGGCGAGAGGGAGCUGCGCCCCGCACCCCGCGGAGACGAUGAAUCGGCAACGAUCCACGGCCUGCGACCUGGAAGUGAAUAUACUGUGAAGGUCAUCGCCAUGCACGACCGUACACCUAGUCCUCCACUGGUGGGCGUUCAGGCCACAGCCAUCCCUGCCCCCACCAACCUUGAAUUCUCCCAGAUCACCUCCUCCUCCUUCACCAUCAAAUGGCGCACCACGCCCAAUGCCCGUCUGACCGGGUACCGUGUGGUCGUCAACCCCAAGAACAAGAGCGGUCCCACCAAGGAGAUGAAUGUUGCUCCUGACACCACACAGGUCCACGUGCCGGGACUCAUGGUUUCCACUAUGUAUGAGGUGCACGUGUACGCCCUGAAAAACUCUCUGACGAGCCGCCCAGUUCAAGGAGAGGUCACAACACUGGACAACAUCAGUCCUCCGCGUCGUGUGCGUAUCUCUGACGCAAAGGACUCCUCCAUCACCCUGACCUGGAGAUCCAAGACCGAGACCAUCUCUGGCUUCCUGGUUGAGGCCACGCCCACCACCGGAGGCCGCACCCCCAUCCAGAGGACCAUCGCCCCUGAUUCCCGCACCUACACCAUCCAAGGUCUUCAGCCUGGCUCUACCUACAAGAUCAACAUAUACACUCUGAACGGCAACGGCCGCAGUGCUCCCUUCACCCUCACUGCCACCACAGCUAAGCCUGUGGUGUCUCCCCCCACCAACAUCCGGUUCACCUCUCUGACCCCUAGCAGCAUCUCCUUUACCUGGGAGGGGUCCCGUAGUGCCGGGGUCACCGGGUAUUACGUCACCUACGAGGAGGCGGGGGGCAUCCCCCGGGAACUCACCCCGCGGCCCACCGCUUCCCGCAGCCAAGCCAUCAUCACUGGUCUGAAACCAGGAACUGAAUACGUCAUCAAGAUCGUCACCCUGCAGAAUGCGCUGAGAAGCACUCCUCUAGUGGGCAAGGCUAGAACUCAACUGGCAUCCCAGCUCCCUGUGUCCCACCGGCCCAGCCCCGACAUCCUGGAUGUGCCCGAGGACGAGGUUAACCCCAACUUCCCCACCGACCUCGACUUUAACCCCAGCAACCCUAGUUUCAACACCAACCCCAAUGGAAACCCCAACUACCCCCCCAACACCAACCCCAAUUUUCCCCUCAACCCAAACGGCAACCCCGAACAGUUCAACCCCAAUGGUAACCCCAACUUCCACGUGAAUCCCAAUCCUAACUUCCACUUCAACCCCAAUGGGAACCCCAACACCAACCCCAAUGGGAACACCAACCCCAAUGGAAAUUUCAACGUUAACCCCAACCAGUUCAACCCUAACAGCAACCCCAACACCAAUCCUAACCCCAACUUUCCCCUCAACCCCAACCCCAAUCCUAACCCCAAUUUUCCCCUCAACACCAACCCUAAUGGGAACCCCAACCAGUUUAACCCCAAUGGUAACCCCAACUUCCACGUGAACCCCAACCCUAACUUUAACUUUAACCCCAAUGAGAAUCCCAACACCAACCCCAAUGGGAACUUCAAUGUGAACCCCAACUUCCCCCUCAACCCUAAUGGCAACCCCAACCAGUUCAACCCUAACAGUAACCCCAAUCCUAACCCUAACUUUCCCCUCAACCCCAACAGCGAUGCCAACACCAACCCCAACUUCUAUGGCAGCGCCAAUCAUAACCCCAUUUUUAACCCUAACUUUAACCCCAAUCCCAACCUCCCCCUCAACCCUAGCGGGAACCCCAACCCUAACCCAAACCCUAACCCCAACUUGAAGCCCAACCCUAACCCCAACCCAAACUUGAACCCCAACUUGAACCCCAACCCUAACCCCAACUUGAACCCCAACCCCAACUUGAACCCCAACCCCAACUUGAACCCCAACCCCAACUUGAACCCCAACCCCAACUUGAACCCCAACCCCAACUUGAACCCCAACCCCAACUUGAACCCCAACCCUAACCCCAAUUUCAACACCAACCCUAACCCCAAUUUCAACACCAACCCUAACCCCAACUUCAACACCAACCCUAACCCCAACUUCAACACCAACCCUAACCCCAACUUCAACACCAACCCUAACCCCAACUUCAACACCAACCCUAACCCCAACUUCAACACCAACCCUAACCCCAACUUCAACACCAACCCUAACCCCAACUUCAACACCAACCCUAACCCCAACUUCAACACCAACCCUAACCCCAACACCAACCCUAACCCCAACUUCAACACCAACCCUAACCCCAACACCAACCCUAACCCCAACUUCAACACCAACCCCAACUUCAACACCAACCCUAACCCCAACUUCAACACCAACCCUAAUCCCAAUUUCAACACCAACCCUAAUCCCAAUUUCAACACCAACCCUAACGGGAACCCCGACACCAACCCUAACCCUAACGGGAACCCCAACUUCAACCCUAACGGGAACACCAACCCCAACUUCAACCCUAACGGGAACCCCAACACCAACCCUAACCCCAAUGGGAAUACCAAACCUAACCCCAACUUUCCCCUCAACCCCAACGGGAACCCCAACUUGAACCCCAACUUUCCCCUCAACCCCAACUUGAACCCCAACCACGUCCAGCUGGUGGGGACUAACGGCCAGGACACGCUGGGCCAGCAGGGCCAGCACAUCUACACAGAAUACCAGAGCCUGGGCCCCAACCCCAACGGCAGGGACAACCAGGGUCCAGCUAUCCACCACCGUGAACCCCUAGUCUACAUCCCCGUCCCAGGCCCCGAUGGCCAAAGAGUGCCCCUGGUCCGGGUGAGCGAGGGUCCAUUAUCGGGUCUUCCGUUUGGGUUCCCUGAGAAUGAGACCGGGUUUGGUGUAACGCAGGAGGCCCAGACACGCACAACCAUCUCAUGGCAGGGUGUUCCCCAGAGCUCAGAGUACAUGAUAUCCUGUAGCCCCAUCACCAACCUCGAAGAGAAGAUGUUCCAGAUGAGAUUACCAGGCACUUCUACCAGUGCCACUCUGAUCGGGUUGACAUCAGGAGCCUCCUAUAACGUCGUUGUGGAGGCCAUGAGAGGGCAGGGCCGAGAGAAGGUCCUGGAGGAGAUAGUCACCGUUGGCAACGCCGUUCCAGGAGACCACCUCCCCUCCAACAGAGACGUGUGCUAUGACACGUUCACAGCCACCUACCAUGAUGUGGGCGUAGAGUGGGAGCGUAUGUCAGAGACUGGCUUUAAGCUGUGGUGCAGGUGUCUGGGGCUGGGCAGUGGCCAUUUCAGAUGUGAUUCAUCCAAGUGGUGCCAUGACAGCGGGAACAACUACCGCAUAGGAGAGAAGUGGGAUCGCCACGCUGAGAACGGUCACAUGAUGAGCUGUACUUGUUUGGGCAACGGGAAGGGAGAGUUCAAGUGCGAGCCACAUGAGUCGACGUGUUAUGACGAGGGGAAGAUGUACCAGGUGGGCAACCAGUGGCAGAAGGAAUACCUGGGAGCCAUCUGUACCUGCACCUGUUACGGAGGACAGCAGGGCUGGCGCUGUGAGAACUGCAGAAGACCGGGAGCUCAGACUGAGGUAGAUGUGGAUCUGCUACAGCCUCAAAUACACCAAGACGCAUUCGACCGCUAUAGGGAGAACGCCCUGAAGAAACUGAACAUCCAGUGCCCUAUAGAGUGUCUGAGACCAGAGCUCCUAGCAGAUGUACAGCAACCCUCCGAGUAAAGGAGGAGACGAGAACCACAUCCUCUUCUCAGACUCCACUCACAUUACAGGGCCUUCAGAAAGUAUUCCUAACUCUGGACUUAUUCAACAACUUGUUGUUACAGCCUGAAUUCAAAAUGGAUUAAAUAGAUUUUAAUGAAAGUGAAAAUGUUUUUAGAAAUUUUAGCAUAUAUAUAUAUAUAUAUUGAAAAUGAAAUGCAUAAAUAUCUAAUUUACUUAUGUAUUCACAUCCCUGAGUCAAUACUUUGUAGGACUUUUCUGGGUCAAUCUCUAAGAUCUUUGCACACCUGGAUUGUACAAUAUCUGGCCUUUUGUCCAAGCUCUCUCAAGUUGGUUGUAGAUCAUUGCUAGACAGCCAUUUUAAAGUAUUGCCAUAGAUUUUCAAGCUGAUUUCUAAAUCAAAACUGUAACAAGGCCACUCAGGAAUAUUCAAUGUCUUCAUGGUAAGCAACUCCAGUGUAGAUUUGGCCUUGUGUUUUAGGUUAUUGUUCUGGUGAAAUCCCUGAGUGGUUUCCUUCCUCUCCGGCAACUGAGUUAGGAAGGACGCCUGUAUCUUUGUAGUGACUGGGUGUUUAGAUAAACCAUCCAAGUGUAAUUAAUAACUUCACCAUGCUCAAAGGGAUAUUCAGUGUCUUCUACCAAUAGGUGCCCUUCUUUGCGAGGCAUUGGAAAACCUCCCUUGUCUUUGUGGUUGAAUCGGUGCUUGAAAUUCACUACUCGAUUGAGUGACCUCAGACACUUGUGUGGGGUAAAGAGAUGGGAUAGUCAUAAAAAAAAGUUAAACAACUUAUUAUGCAAUUUGUCAAGCACAUUUUUUACUCCUGAACUUUAGGCUUGCCAUUACAAAGGGGUUGAAUACUUAUUGACUCAAUACAUUUCAACUUUUAACAUUUUAUUACUUUACAAAAUGUUCUACAAAACAAUAUUCCAUUUUGACAUUAUGGGGUAAUUGUGUGUAAAUCAUUGACACACAAUUUCUAUUUAAUCCAUUUUUAAAAUUCAGGCUGUAACAACAACAACAACAACAACAACGUGGUAAAAGUCAAUACUUCCCGAAGGCGCUGUACCUGUGACUUACAGAGUUAUAAAACCUAGAGUGCACUCGGAUCAGUCUCACAAAAGACUGCUAGCAUGCACCAUUUUUUUUUUUUUUAAGUAGUCAACUUGGUGGGACUUCCUAUGUGUCGCCCAUGGAAAUAUAAUUCCUAUUGAAUUCUUAUAGACUUGUAUUUUUACGGCGAUGUCUUCCCGUGCCGUCACAGAAGUACUCCAUGGAACAUAUUACUGUAGGAAGUGUCAACUACGUGCUGCCUUCCUGUUCCUGCCAUUCACUAACCUUGAUCAGUGGUCUGGUCUGACCAAUUAACCACCAUCCUGCUGCUUCUCCACAUUGCCACUCCUUUCUAUAGCGUCACUUCAAAAUACCCCCCCCAAGGCAAAGAAAGGGUCUUUAUAUUUUAAUGUUUGGUUCCGUUGUCCUACCUAGUCCUUCGAGACAUUCCUAUGAAAAUGGAAAAUCUGUAGAGGUUCUAAAGCCUGUAGCCUACUCUGUGCUGUUGCCAUUCCUCCUGUAACCUACUCUGGUCCUACUCUGUGCUGUUGCCAUUCCUCCUGUAACCUACUCUGGUCCUACUCUGUGCGUUGCCAUUCCUCCUGUAACCUACUGUUUCUACUCCGUGCGUUGCCAUUCCUCCGGUAGCCUACUGUUUCUACUCUGUGCGUUGCCAUUCCUCCGGUAGCCUACUGUUUCUACUCUGUGCGUUGCCAUUCCUCCGGUAGCCUACUGUUUCUACUCUGUGCGUUGCCAUUCCUCCGGUAGCCUACUGUUUCUACUCUGUGCGUUGCCAUUCCUCCGGUAGCCUACUGUUUCUACUCCGUGCGUUGCCAUUCCUACUGUUUCUACUCCGUGCGUUGCCAUUCCUCCGGUAGCCUACUGUUUCUACUCUGUGCGUUGCCAUUCCUACUGUUUCUACUCCGUGCGUUGCCAUUCCUCCUGUAACCUACUGUUUCUACUCUGUGCGUUGCCAUUCCUCCGGUAGCCUACUGUUUCUACUCCGUGCGUUGCCAUUCCUCCUGUAACCUACUGUUUCUACUCCGUGCGUUGCCAUUCCUCCGGUAGCCUACUGUUUCUACUCCGUGCGUUGCCAUUCCUCCGGUAGCCUACUGUUUCUACUCCGUGCGUUGCCAUUCCUCCUGUAACCUACUGUUUCUACUCCGUGCGUUGCCAUUCCUCCUGUAACCUACUGUUUCUACUCUGUGCGUUGCCAUUCCUCCGGUAGCCUACUGUUUCUACUCUGUUCUGCCCGAACCAGAGCUUUCUCUCUCUGAUGUGAGAUUUUACCCCAUUCAGAAACAUUCAGAAGUUUACAAUAUGGGGAAACUCUUGACGGCAUCGUGAGUUAUUUGGAUUGGAUAAUAUUUCUAACCGAUCCCAUCCAAGCUCAAAUGGUUCUACAGAGAAAUAAGAUCGCUGUUUUGAAGUAUAACCCUAUUCCCUAUAUAGUGAACCACUUGGAUACAGAGGUCUCGCAUGAGAACCUUGUCUUCAUGCAUUUCAAAUCUCUUUGGAGACUUCAACUACCAGUCUAACAAAACAAAAAAAACAUUCAUUUUUAAAACCAAGCACGGUCUUUAAUGCAGUGGUAUUCAAAGUCGUGGUCUGAGUGGGGUCGCCAUUUUUUAUAUAUAUAUAUUAAAAAUGAAGAACCAGAAACCAAGAGUACAGAUUAUUGUAUGGGACAUUAUACAAACGUUUUUUGAGAAAUAAUUUGAAAAAUAAAAUUUUAUUGAGUAAAUGUAUUUAUUGUUUUCUUUUCAUUUUUGAGAAGACGUUUAUGUCGACACUUGCAGAUUUUUUUUUAUUUUUUUAAGGUUGUUAUUUGAUUUGGGGUGGGAUCAUAAGAAAUUUGGUCCCCAGAAAUUCAAUCGGGAGAGGGGGGGGGGAUGGGGUCCCCGCUGAAUACCACUGCUUUAAUGCAAGAGUUGUAUCACAGAGGUACACUGCAAGUGGGUGUUCAUUCAAUGUCCAGGAUUGUAUCUGUUGUUUUCAUGUACUUCUGCCAUUUUGUGAACGGAAGCUCUAAGAUGGCUGCCAGUUGAGUUGCAUUGUUUCAUACCCACCUCAACUGCUGUUUUUAAUUUAUCCCUUUUAUGCAAGCAUUUUGUUUUAAUGCUAUUUGGGGUGUACACGUUUUUGUUAUUUUUUUUUUAUAUAUAUAUUGUAGGUGCCAAAGUCUUAACUACUGUGGACUGAAUUCCUUUUUAAUAAACAAUGUGUUUUUGGAA